UUGGCGGGGCCGGGGUCACGACACGGAAGCGGAUCGGCCAUGUUGCCGGGUGACCCCGGGAGGGAAUCGGUUGCCGUGAGGGUCCCGGAGUGCUUUCCCUUCCUCCUCCUCCUCCUCCUCCCCGGUCCGUUCCCGGUCGCCCGUCCACGCACCCGUCUUCCCCCAUGGCAGCGUGGUCCCGGGAGGCUGUCCUGACCCUCUACCGGGCCCUGCUGCGCCAGGGCCGCGGGCUGCGUUACACCGACCGGGAUUUCUACCUCGCUUCCAUCCGCCGCGAGUUCCGCAAGAACCGAGGGCUGCAGCAGCUAGAGGACAAGGAAAGACAGUUGGAGAAGGGGCAAGCUUUCCUGCAGAGCAAACUCGGGGGCCUGGUUUAGAGAUUCCCUGUAGCUCCUUUUGGCCCCGCUUACUUCCCUCUUCUUUCCAAAACCCUCUCGCCAACCAAAAAAGAUGAUUAACGCUCUCUGCCCACCACUGUUUUGAAGAAGUCUGGAAGGUGCUUCCCCAGGCACACCAGGAGGGCUCUCCUGUUCUCUUUACAAAUGCGUUAGGUCACAGGUGAGAUGGCAGGCGCUGGGCAGCGCAAAGG